AUGUCGGCUUUUGGUCAAACUCCUUCUGGCCCAGCGACCUCAGGGCCUGGUAACCCGUUUGCUGGUCUCACUUUGGUUCCUACCACCGAUGCGCAGGGCAAGCGAAAGUCCGUCUUUGACGCUUCUACCUCACAAUCGUCCCAACCUUUUUCCUUCCCAAGCCUCAACACCACAGCUGCCACCUCAAGUGCCGCUCCAUCUGGUGGACUCUUCAGUCUUGGGGGUCCUGCAAAGACUUCUGCUCCUUUCUCUUUAGGAGGGACGACAACCACCUCAGCUCCGUCAACAGGUCUCUUCGGAACGACGACAACUGCUGCCCAACAACCCGCAGCAACGACUUCCCUCUUCGGCGGCCCGAACACACAACAGCCUGCGAGCACCACUUCCUUUUUUGGUGGUACCACUGCAGUAAACACAGCUGUGCCGCAGGCGAGUCAACCAGCACCUGCCCCUUCGCAAAACAAUCGAGAUGCCGCAUAUUUCAGCAGUCUGCUCGAACGUCAAAAGAAGAAACCGAGACUGUUGGGUGAUGGCGCUGGCCGUCAGAGUCAACUACCCAGCCUUAGUAUGGAUCUGGGAGAUCUGGCCAGGCGUGCACAAGAGAUAAGACAACGCGGAGCGAAGCAGACGGAGCCUCUGCCCGACAGUCGAGCCCAUUAUCUGCUGGCUGGCUCUGGGGUUGCUCCUGGUCAGGCUUAUAAGGACUUUCAAGCGUUAGGCCCUGAUGAAUCUGCCCCGGUGUCACGCCUUGCGGCACAGGGGUUCGCCGAUGAGUCCAGUGCCUACCUCAGAGACUUGAGAGUCAAGGGUCGGGAGGCAAUGCUGAAGGAGAGCAUGGAACGUGCUUAUCGUGAAGUUGACAGCUUUAUUGAAGAAAGCUUGGGUAUCGACUUCGAGGAGCAGAAGGCCAGGAUCAUGGAACAUCUCGGGUUGGCAUUUCCAGAAGACGGCGCAGGGCCCGAUUUUGGUAGGUCGACCCCAGGUGGCUUUGGGAAACCUACAGGACGAAGCAAAGAAGGGGCUUCUGAGACAUCCCGCCCUGCGCGCAGUGUGUUUGGUCGCUCAGCCAUGGAAAAAUCCAUCAUUGGCACUCCGGGUUCUGGUGCUGGGACGACAUCCUUCUUUAAGAGCGAAAGUGCUGCUCCGGUGCCGUCAGGUCUGCCACGUUCGAGUUCUCAAGUGCAGCGCGAUCUCCGAGCGAAGGAAAAGUCGUUCAUUAGCAAAGUGGAAGACCUCAAUCAAGCUAGGCUGCGAGAGGAGUCGUACGCUCUUCUCCAAAAUUUUGCCGAAACAGAAGAGCAAAACAAAGCAGACAGUCCCCGGCAAAUAGUGGACGCAUAUCAAGCUCUGCGAGAAAUUACCAAAGAGGGCCAAUCUACAGUCAGGGAACGGCAGUAUGCUCAGGCGUAUUUGGACGAGACGGUUGCUGCUCCGGCCACCCUCAAACUGAAGAAGCAGAUCGUCGAGGGCUCUCGGAUCUACUUGGAAAACGCAUUCUGGCGAGAGCUCCGAUCUCUGAUUGAGAAAAACGCGAGAGAAGCGGCAUUGGGUGGACAGCCGAGUGUCACCAAUAUUGUACGAGCUUACAUCCGGCUGCGGGCUGCCCGACGAGAUCUCGCACCGGAUGGUUCAGAACUCCAACAACUGGGCGGCGAGACUGGUGACUACUGCUGGGUCCUCAUUUUCUACUUGCUGAGAUGCGGUUUUGUCAAGGAAGCGGCCGAUUAUGUGAACAACGACCCUGCCUUCCAAUCUGUCGAGCGGCGCUUUGUCUCGUAUUUGACGGCGUAUGCGAACAGCCCAGAUCGGCGACUGGGCCGCAAACUGCAAGACAUGAUCGACAACGAGUAUCAAAAUCGCACGAAGGUCGGUCCAAAGAACACAGUGGAUCCUUACAGAAUUGCGUGCUACAAGGUGAUCGGAAGAUGCGACUUGAGUUCAAGACAUCUGGAUGCCGUGGGGCAGGGGGUUGAGGACUGGCUGUGGCUUCAGUUCAGCCUUGCGCGAGAGACCGAGAUGUACGAGGAAAUAUCUGGGGAGAUCUUUGGGCUUGAACAGAUUUGUGAGACAAUCACCGAAAUUGGGCAGAAACAUUUCCAGAAGAAUCAGGUCGACGGCUCGAGUGGCUACGGCACCUUUUUCUUGAUGCAGGUGCUCGCCGGGAUGUUUGAGCAUGCUGUGGACUACCUGCACAACUUCAAUCCUCUGAGCGCGGUGCACUUCGCCAUUGCCCUGUCAUAUUAUGGGUUGUUGAGGGUGUCAGAUUUUUCGGUGGCAGGCAGCGAGCUCUUGACCUUUUCGACGACGCAGCAACCUAUGAUUAACUUUGUUCCGCUCGUGGCAUAUCACACGGGAACUUUUCGAACGGCCCUUCCUGUCCCUGCGGUGGAUUACCUUUCCAUGCUCUGUCUCAACUCUGAUCUGCAACCUGCAAGUCUGGGUCUGGUCCACAUCAAUGCCUGUCAUGAGUGCUUGCGAGAACUCUGCCUCGAAACCCGUGAGUUUGCGAAGUUGUUGGGCGAUAUUCGCAGCGAUGGCACGCGGAUACCCGGCGCCAUCGAGCUACGGGCCAGGUUGAUCCACCUCGACACACGAGAAGAAUUUCUGAGAUCCAUUACCAGCCAAUCUGCAGCGAUUGCAGAUCAGCGCGGGCAAAUCGCUGAUGCAGUAUUGCUCUACCACCUAUGUGAAGACUACGACAAUGUCAUUAGCGUGCUCAACCGAGCACUGGCCGACGCUGUGACACUGGACCUGGGCGAGGCGCCGAUGCAGCUGCAACCUUUGAAACCGCGAAAGUCCAACGGCCAGAGCGAGUCGUCAAGCAGCGCCCAGGGUGGACCUCAGUCAUCAUUGUCGCUUACACAGUCCACGUCGUCUCCGUUCGAGUUGGGGAAGAACAUGAUAUCGUUGUACAAUGAGAACGCCGCCUACUUCAACCGCAUUUCGAGCGCGAACCGGGAGGUUUGCGGGGCCCUCAUCCGAUUGCUUUCGGUGCGAGAACAUCUCGAAGCCAGACCGCCUCGUUAUAUGACGGCGUUGGAGGAGCUCAACGAGCUGGGCUUGUUGCCGUUGCGGGCGAAUGGGUCCAUUCCGACCAUCCGGGCGGCUGCAACAGCCUUCAGCGCUCUUCCACAAAUCCUUGCUCGUUGCGCCGGAGUCAGUGUGGUCUGGGCAGUGCGGGCAAUCGGGGGAGAGCGAGACAAUAUCAUACGCAGUGGCCGGUGGGAGGCAGGAUAUGGUGGAGAUGCGGAUGAAAUGAAAGACCAACUAAGUAACAUGGCCAAAGACCUAAUGGUCUUCGCUGGGCUUGUGAAGUACAAAUUGCCGGGUCGGGUCUAUGACAUGUUGACUCGGGCAGGCGCUGAGGUUGGAGGGUUUUGA